AUGUGGCGCUUGGUGCCCCCGAAGCUGGGCCGCCUGUCCCGCUCGCUGAAGCUGGCGGCGCUUGGCAGCCUGUUGGUGCUGAUGGUGCUGCACUCGCCGUCGCUGCUCGCCUCUUGGCAGCGCAACGAGCUCGCCGACCGGCGUUUUCUGCAGCUCAAUAAGUGCCCGGCGUGUUUCGGCACGAGCUGGUGUCGCCGCUUCCUGAACGGCCAGGUGGUGUUCGAGGCGUGGGGCCGUCUGCGCCUGCUGGACUUCCUCAACGUGAAGAACGUUUACUUCGCUCAGUACGGCGAGCCCCGCGAGGGUGGCCGCCGCCGAGUGGUGCUCAAGCGCCUCGGCUCGCAGCGAGAGCUGGCGCAGCUCGACCAGAGCAUCUGCAAGAGGGCCACCGGCCGGCCCCGUUGCGACCUGCUCCAGGCCAUGCCCCGGACAGAGUUCGCGCGCCUCAACGGCGACGUGAGGCUGCUCACGCCUGAGGCAGUGGAGGGCUGGUCGGACCUGGUGCAUUGCCCCUCGCAGCGCCUGCUCGAUCGCUUGGUGCGCCGCUACGCCGAGACCAAGGACUCGGGCAGCUUCCUGCUCCGCAACCUCAAGGACUCAGAGCGCAUGCAGCUCCUGCUGACGCUGGCCUUCAACCCCGAGCCUUUGGUGCUACAGAGUUUUCCAUCUGAUGAAGGUUGGCCAUUUGCAAAAUAUCUUGGAGCUUGUGGAAGAAUGGUGGCUGUAAAUUAUGUUGGAGAAGAGCUGUGGAGUUAUUUUAAUGCACCAUGGGAAAAACGAGUUGACCUUGCUUGGCAAUUAAUGGAAAUAGCAGAGCAGCUUACAAACAAUGACUUUGAAUUUGCACUCUACCUCCUGGAUGUCAGCUUUGACAAUUUUGCAGUUGGUCCUAGAGAUGGGAAGGUAAUCAUUGUGGAUGCAGAAAAUGUUUUGGUUGCUGACAAACGAUUAAUUAGACAAAAUAAACCUGAAAACUGGGAUGUAUGGUAUGAAAGCAAAUUCGAUGAUUGUGAUAAGGAGGCUUGCUUAUCAUUUUCAAAAGAAAUUCUUUGUGCUCGUGCCACUGUGGACCACAAUUACUAUGCCGUUUGUCAGAACCUCUUAUCCAGGCAUGCCACCUGGCGUGGCACUUCUGGAGGACUCCUUCAUGACCCACCAAGUGAAAUUGCCAAAGAUGGCCGCCUAGAGGCCUUGCUAGAUGAGUGUGCCAACCCAAAGAAACGUUACGGCAGAUUCCAGGCAGCAAAGGAACUGCGAGAGUAUCUAGCACAAUUAAGUAACAACGUGAGGUAG